AUGAUGGAAAGAUCAAAACGUAAGAAGAGGUUGGGCGGUCGUUACAUGUAUAUUCGUGUGGUCGUUCUGGCCGUGACUGUCGUGGACGUGAUCGUGGACGUGAUGAAGGUCGUGGUAAAUAAUUACAUAAUGUUGGUGGAGGAUGGGGCAGAGACAAAA